AUGAGGACAAUGAACCAGACGGAAAUAUCUGAAAUAUUUCUCAUCGGUUUCCAGAACCUUCAGGAUUUUAGGUUCUUCGUCAUCUGUAUGUGCCUGGUCACCUACACGGCUACAAUAACUGGGAACCUCAUCAUAAUCACAUUGGUUGCCACCAGUCAUCACCUCCGAUCUCCAAUGUUCUUCUAUCUUGGUCACCUCUCCUUCUCAGAUGUGUUGCUUAUUUCCAACAUUAUGCCAUUCUUGGUGCACAUUAUACUGUUCAGUGGUAGCCUGGUGUCCCUUAAGGGCUGUAUUACUCAGUUCUUCUUCUAUGGACUUUCUGCAACUACCGAGUGUCUUCUUCUGACAGCAAUGUCCUAUGACAGAUAUCUAGCCAUUUGUAACCCAUUGCGCUACUCCAGCAUUAUGAGUUCAACGCUGUGUGUAUCUAUAGUUGCAUUUUGCUGGUCUCUGGGAUUUAUUAUAACUCUGGUUCCAGUAUUAUUGAUAAAGACCUUGUGGUUCUGUGGCCCCAAUGUCAUUGACCACUUCUUCUGUGAUCUUGGACCUCUUCUGGAGUUGUCCUGCUCAGAUGUUUCCAUAGUGAAAUAUGAGGUUCUGUUACUCUCUGGUCUCCUAACCAUCACCCCCUUUGUGUUCAUUGUUGUCACCUAUGGUCACAUUUUCAUAACCAUCAUGAAGAUCACCUCAGUCACCGGGAGGAAGAAGGCCUUUUCUACCUGUAGUUCUCACCUGGCUGUUGUAGGAACCUAUUAUGGAGCACUUUUUGCGAUAUAUGUUAUACCCCGCAGAGGGUAUUCUUUGAAUGUCAACAAAGUGGUAUCCCUCAUGUACUCAGUAGUCACCCCAUUGUUCAAUCCCAUGAUAUAUGGCUUGAGAAAUAAGGAAAUCAAAGAGGCCAUCCGAAAUCAUCUCCUCAUUUGUACAAGAAAUUCUAGAAAAUGA